UCGCUCCAUUCUCCGGACCCUGAGGCUGAGCCCCUUCCAGAUAAGGCUAUAAAUCCCGCGAGCUAAUCCUCUCCCGCUCUCUCCCUCCCCUCCCUCCUCCGCUUCCCCUCUCCUCGGCGACGAGGAGGCGCAGCCCCGCCACCACCGGACCGGCCGGCGGCGUGGUGCGUAUGACCAGGUUCUGAAGGAAUCAAGAGUUUGAUAUAGUUGCUGGGUACUUAAUUCCCUUGAUUCAAAAAUGACGCCAGUGAUUCAUUGUUCUGUCGGCAAUAUUAGCCUGUUUCACAUUGGAAGUAUCAGGACCAGCCGAGAAAUCCAGAUAAGAAGAUUCCAGGGCUCAGCUAGGUAUUCGAGGGUAGCAUCACCAUCACCUCAAAGACUGUUGCAACCACAAACAGCAUUUCACUUGAUCAGUAUUUACAAAAGAAGAAGCUGGUCCUCAGCCCAGAGGCAAAGAACCUUGUCUGCUGCGACUAUUGGAACUGAUGUCACAGUGGAGGAUCAGAAUCCAUCCCCCUCAGGAGAAACUUCCGAUGAAAACUCUGAGGCGGGACCUGAUGCUGUUGAAGCAAGUGAGCAGGCUGAGGCUAGCAUGGACCAAGCUUCUUCUGCCCGUAAAUUAGGACGCAACAUACGGAAGAGCGAGAUGCCUCCACUGACUGAUGAGGAUCUAGUUCCUGGUGCAUCUUUUACUGGGAAGGUGAGGUCUAUUAAACCAUUUGGAGUUUUUGUUGACAUUGGAGCAUUCACGGAAGGCCUUGUCCAUAUCUCCCGAGUAAGUGAUGGGUUUGUAAAAGAUAUAUCUUCGCUCUUCACUGUUGGACAAGAAGUGUCGGUCAGAUUGCUUGAAGCAAAUAAGGAAUCAGGGCGCAUCUCUCUUACUAUGCGGGAAGGUGAUGACUACGUCAAGCCAAAAAAGGAAGCACCUAAUGCUGCAACUGGUGGGCGGAGUGCCACUGCGACUCCCAGAAGCUCACCUAGGCAGACAAAGGAAAGACAGGACGCCAAGGCAACAAGCGAGUCAAAAUAUGCACCAGGGCAAUCUCUGAAUGGCACUGUGAAAAGUACAACAAGAGCUGGGACAUUUGUGACACUACCUGAUGGGAGCGAAGGGUUCCUUCCCAGAGAAGAGGAAGCAGUUGCAUUGUUUACCCUUAUUGGGCAAUCUGCAAUGGAAGUUGGUAAACAAAUAAGGGUUAAAGUAUUGAAUGUAGCACAAGGUCAGGCCACUUUGACAAUGAAAGACGUGGAAGAUGAUGAAGAUGAUUUGCAAACGCUGAACAUGGAGCUUAAGCGGGACUGGUCCAGAGGAACUAAUGCGUUUGAAUUGGCUUUCCGUAGGAACAAGGAGAUCUCUGCAUUCUUGGAUCAGAGGGAAAAGACAAAAGUGCCGGAAGUACAAGCAGCUACUGGAUUAGCAGUAGUUGAAGCUGAUAGUUCAGCUUCUACUACAGAAACUGAAGGAAAAGAGGAGGUUAGCUCUUCCAUAGAAGCUGCCACCACUAGUAUCGAGGAAGCUGCUCCGGUGGAUGAGGAAAGUGGUGGAGAAUUGAGCUCUGUGGCAGAAGUAGCAACUGAUAUUCCUGCCCCUGUAUCUGAGGCCUCUUCUCAGGAGGGAAUUGAGGAUUCAACUUCUGUGGCAGACGCUGCUGAUGACCAAACUGUAGAAUCUGGAAGCGCAUCUACAAUUGGUGUUGAGCUGUCCUCCAAUGGGGUCCCAGAUAGUACUGGUGUGUCUUCAGUUUCAGAAACUGAGGAUAAACCCGCCGAGCCUGAAGAAUCUUCAGCAGUAGAAGAGGUUCCUGUAACUGCAAGUAUCGGGUCAGUCGAGCCAGCUACACCAGCUGAGGCGAGUGAGAAAACUGGUGCCGAGGUUGCUGCUGCUGGAGUUGAACAAGCAAGCACAACUACAGCAGCCACUAUUUCUCCUUCCCUUGUGAAGCAAUUGCGUGAAGCAACUGGAGCAGGCAUGAUGGACUGCAAAAAGGCUCUUGCAGAAACAGGGGGUGACAUUGAGAAAGCGCAAGAAUUCCUACGAAAGAAAGGGUUGGCAGCUGCUGACAAGAGGGCCGGCAGAGCGACUGCUGAGGGAAGAAUUGGUUCUUACAUACAUGACAGCAGGAUUGGGGUCCUUAUUGAAGUGAAUUGUGAGACCGACUUUGUAUCCCGAGGUGACAUCUUCAAAGAUUUAGUUGAUGAUCUUGCCAUGCAAGUUGCUGCUUGCCCUCAAGUGCAGUAUGUCUCUAUUGAUGACGUCCCUGAGGAGGUUGUGAAGAAGGAGACAGACCUGGAGAUGCAGAGGGAGGACCUCUUGUCAAAGCCAGAGCAGAUCCGGGCUAAGAUUGUUGAAGGUCGUGUAAAGAAGAGGCUUGGAGAAUUUGCAUUGUUCGAACAGCCAUUCAUAAAGAAUGACAAGGUCACAAUAAGUGAAUGGGUGAAGCAAACCAUAGCUACAACUGGAGAGAACAUGAAGGUCACGAGAUUUGCCCGGUACAACCUCGGUGAAGGGUUGGAGAAGAAAAGCCAGGAUUUUGCUGCUGAAGUUGCAGCCCAGACAGUAGCGAAGCCACCGCCAUCUGCUCCUUCAAAGGAGGACAAGCCUGCUGAAACGACAGAAUCUGCUGAAAAGAAGCCAGCUGUUGCAGUUUCAGCUGCAUUGGUAAAGCAACUUCGCGAUGAAACUGGUGCUGGUAUGAUGGACUGCAAGAAAGCGCUGGCUGAGACUGGUGGUGACCUUCAGAUGGCUCAGGAGUUCCUGAGGAAGAAGGGUCUCUCAUCUGCAGACAAGAAAUCAUCUCGCCUAGCUGCUGAAGGCCUUAUUGGCUCCUACAUCCAUGACAACCGCAUUGGAUGCAUGAUUGAGGUCAACUCCGAGACUGAUUUUGUGGCUCGCAACGAGAAGUUCAAGGAGCUUGUGAAUGACCUCGCAAUGCAAGUGGUGGCCUGCCCACAGGUUGACUAUGUCUCGGUGGAGGACAUCCCAGAGAGCAUCAUCAGCAAGGAAAAGGAUAUUGAGAUGCAGAGGGAGGACCUGCAGUCCAAACCUGAGAAUAUCAGGGAGAAGAUUGUCGAAGGGCGGAUAGCAAAGAGGCUCGGGGUGAUGGCCCUCCUGGAGCAACCCUAUAUCAAGGAUGACAGCAAAACGGUGAAGGAUCUUGUGAAAGAGAUGAUUGCCUCCCUUGGGGAGAACAUCAAGGUGCGGAGGUUUAUCCGGUACACCCUUGGCGAGGAUUGAUUGAUAAGACGGUGACCUCAGUUACCGUAGUUGGGCACAUUUUGAUUCGAGAAGGUGCAUAGCUGUUGUUAGUUUGUACUCAGUUCCAUCUGUAAUUUUGUAUCACCUGUUACUACUCUUCCUUGUUCAAAAGAAAACUUCUUAGCACUCCUCUGUAGAUUACAAGAGAGGUCAAUAAAGCAUUACAACAUUACGGCAAAUUAAA